GCUUCCAGAGCCAUGCCACUGCCCCAGAUCCUGUGAACCCUUGGACAGGAGCUCGCUACUGGGCUGAGCAGGGUCCUGGACACUGGGGGUCCAAAACCACAGGAGCUUUGAGCAGGAGGCCUUGAUAUCCUGGGAUACAAGAGAUGUGUGCAGCUUUAAGGACUUUUAGAGAGCCACUGGGAGAAUAAGGAAUCACGGAAGACACCAAGAACUGGUGGACCACAAGGAUCUCAACAGAAAACAAAGGUGAAGCAUUUUUUUUGGAUUUUCCACUUCGUGGAGGUGGAGGAAGAGAAGGGUAAACAGAAGAAAGAAGCCAACAAAAAGUAGGUGAGGUGAUAACAGAAGCAACCAUGAGAGACAUAACAUGGUGCAUGGGCAUCAUGCUCUGCCUCUCCAUCUGCUUGUUCGGCAAGAGCCACUCAGGAAAUGCACUCAUGCAAUCUCGACCACGGCGAGCACCUACCGAUGACUCCAAAAAGUGCUCCUACACUUUCCUGGUGCCCCAGCAGAGGAUCACAGGUCCGAUCUGCACCUCUGCCACCGGGCCCGAGCCAGACAAAGACCGGGUGACACGUAUGGACAUUGCCGAUGUGCGGGAUGUCCUAUCCAAGCAGAGACGGGAGAUUGAGAUGCUGCAACUAGUGGCGGACGUAGACGGGAACUUGGUAAAUGAGAUGAAGCUUCUGCGCAAAGAGUCUCGUAACAUGAAUUCCCGAGUGACACAGCUCUACAUGCAGUUGCUUCAUGAAAUUAUCCGCAAGAGGGACAACUCCCUAGAACUGGCGCAACUAGAGAACCGUGUGCUGAACGUCACCACAGAGAUGCUCCGACUGGCCUCCCGUUACAAAGAGCUGGAGCUACGUUUUGCAGGCCUUGCUGGCACAGUUAACAACCAAUCUGUGCUCAUUGCCGCCCUGGAGGAUCGUUGUCUUCGUGGAUAUGGACGUCAAGAUCUUCCUGCAGGUCCGCCGCUGGUGCAGGUGGUUCCAGAGAGCAUUCCAGCAAACAACAAUCGCUUCACCAAUGAGAUUCAGAGAGACAACAACAACAGAGCCUUUCCUAGAGGAUCACGAAUGGAUGCCCCAACGCCUGACCCACUGGGAAUCCCACCACUCCCACAGGGCACCCUUACCUCAGAUGGCCCAUUCAGAGACUGUUUCCAGGUGCGACAGGCGGGACACAGCACCAGUGGGAUGUAUCUGUUGAAGGCAGAGGGCAGUGAUAGACUGAUUCAGGCCUGGUGUGAACAUAAAUUAGACAAUGGAGGCUGGACCAUUUUUCAGCGAAGGAAAGAUGGCUCUGUCAACUUCUUCAGGAACUGGGAGAACUAUAAGAAAGGCUUCGGGAACAUAGAUGGAGAGCACUGGCUGGGCUUGGAGAACAUCUAUAAUCUAGCCAAGCAGGGGGACUACAGAUUGCUGGUGGAGCUGGAGGACUGGGCUGGAAAGAAGGUGUACGCAGAGUACAGCAGCUUCCAUCUGGAGUCGGAGAGUGAAGCCUUCAGGCUGAGACUGGGCACCUACCAGGGCAAUGCCGGAGACUCCCUCACAAGCCACAAUGGAAAACCCUUCACAACGCUUGACCGGGAUAAAGAUGCCUUUACAGGCAACUGCGCUCAUUUCCACAAAGGUGGCUGGUGGUACAACGCGUGUGGUCAAACGAAUCUGAACGGCGUGUGGUACUCCGGCGGUGUGUAUCGCAGCAAGUUCCAGGAUGGGAUCUUCUGGGCAGAGUAUGGAGGCGGGUUCUACUCGCUCAAAUCAGUCCGUAUGAUGAUCCGGCCAAUAGACUGAGGUUCACCCCAAGACCUCACCCUCAUAUCAAACCCGAUUGAGUCUAAAUUGCUUGAAUGUACUCAUAAUUCACUCCAGCACUUAUUUAUAAUCACACAUUCAUGUUUAUGAGGACUGACAUGUAUAGCACAGUACAGUCGUCAUUGGUACAGCACCGAUAAAAAUCAUGAAAAGGAGGAGUGGAAGGACAUGCGUUUAUCCAGACUUGUACACCAAUGUCCUCUGGUCCAUCCAAAUGCAGAGAAGACGAACUAGUAAGAACUAAAAGUUGGAGUUGGACGACAACACAGUCAACUUCAGCAUCUCCAUCUCUUACAUUUUUCCUUUACUGUCGUUCUUACAUUCCUCUCCACUGCAGUAUCUUCACUGCUGUCCGUUCCUUCUGAUUCUCCAUUAUUGCUUGGACUGAUGACAUCAAAGCCUCAAUCGCAGGUUUUUAAUCAAAGAUCUUCGCAACUAAGCAAAUGUUGGCCUCUGGCUUUGGAGGUGUGUCUGUAACAAUAAGGACUGGCACUGGGCUGAACUGUUCACCAGGCCCCAUCUGCAUUCGGGGGUAAUGUUGGUCUGUAAAUAUACUUCAUGUUUUAUAUUUGUUCGUUUUUGUAAGAGUUAAUUUAAGGACUCACCACCAAUCCGCAGUAUUCAUUUGCUAUUUAUAUAUCGGUGAUCUGUAUUUAUGACAGUUAUACGCCUCCAAUCAUCUAUUUAUCCCCAAUUAUGAGGCACCAUUGUGAUUUUGACAAACAUUUGUAUACUUUUACCAACAAAGAGAGAAUAUUACAUUCGACUCCAGGGUUGUACUCACCGUGGAAACUGAAAGGGACAUGUCCCCCAACAUCUAUCUUAGAAGUCAAUGAGUAUGCAUUUUUCAUAACUAAAUCUCAAAAUCAGUGUUAUGUUGUUCAUAAUAUGACGUAUCUUCAAUUGAAACAAGGUAUUCAGACAAAAAUCCAGGGCUGAACUAGAUUUAAUUUGCUGGGAGAUGAGUGGAUUGUCUAAAGUGGAUGUUAAAUAUCAUAACAGAGCCAAACCAAUUGUUAAUUUGUUAAAACGGUUGGUCAAGAUUAUCCAAUAGCCAGUGCAGCCUAAAUGAUGUCAGAGAUAAAGUUGUUUCAGAGCAAAAUUAGUAAAUCAUUACAUUUUAAAUUAAAGAUUCAGAAUUCAGAAAUCGGCUUCCUUUUAAUGAAUGAGUUUAAAUUUAAAGUGAAUCGGUUGUGCCAAACAGGAAGUGGAAUUGGAAUUAAAG